GCUGGCUUUGUUUCAUUACCCACUCUUGCGUCCGGCCACCACCCCUUAAAAUAAACUUCUUGAUUUUUAUUUUGAAAUGUACAAAUCCCCAUUUAAACCGUAUUGUUUUUUAAACAAUUAAUCGUAUGUUUUUAUCUGUCGGGAGUGAUUGACUUGUCUCAACUUCAAAAACCACCCUUCAUGUUGGAGGUUUCAUUCAACCACUACAUUCUUCGUAUAUGUUUUUUGAUCACUGUUACAAUAAUAAAGAAAUACUUUAAAGGUCGGCUCCAAACGAUGUCUAUGUUCGGGACGAUGAAGCGCCACAAGGAGAAAUCUUUCCAGUUAUUGGAUUAUACCACUUACGGUGAGGAAGCGAGUUGUGUGAAGCUUGUAAGUGAGGAUGUACGAGUGAUAUCUAGUCAAGGAGACCAUACAACAGGAAGUUCCAAGGUGAAAAUGCACAACAUCGUCGAUUAUUCCUGGGAGGAGAAAUUUUAUGCGGGCCAGUUGCUUGCCGUUCAUAUGGGUGGGAAGUACUUUGCUUAUGGCAUAAAAGCUGUCAAUAAGACACAAAGUGUAAUAAGAGUUAUCAACAGAGAAACUUCAAAAAGGGCACUGAUUAAAGGCAUAGAGGGGAUGAUAGAAGAUCUUGCAUUUGCGUUUAUUCCAAAUAAAGUAAUUUUAGCUUGCCUUGACUGUAGCGGAGCUGUUCAAGUUCACAACAUUGAACAAGAAGGAAAUGAAAUUACCUGCAAAUUAAUAUUACACAUCCUUGUGGUAAAGGAUGAUACGCUUGAAACGUAUUUGCCCAGACGUGUAUUCUGGUGUCCUUAUAUGACAGAGGAUGAGAAUGCAGCUGCAAGAGACCCUUAUGAAGAUGAAAUACGCCAUUUGCUUGCCGUCACCAGGGAUAACAAAAUUGAAAUGUGGAACGUUGCUGUGGUAUCUAGAAACCACGGUUCAGGCCCUUUAAUGUCUGAACAGAUCAGCGAAGGUUUUCUGGAAAUUGAAGUGUCGACACAUUUAAUUUCAGAUGCGGCUUUCUCUCCUGAUGGGACAGCAAUCGCGACUGCUAGUUACGAUGGGAAAUGCAAAUUUUUCCAGGUUUAUAUGUAUGGGGAAGAAGAACCAAGGUGUUUGCAUGAAUGGGAGCCACACGGCGGUGAAGCCGUCACGACUCUUCUCUUCCUCGACAAUCUUAGAAAUCCGCAUCCAGACUUCCAAUUUUGGAAAUUCGCUAUGACAGGUGCUAAGAACAAUUGUGAACUGAAGUUGUGGUCUUGUGAGACUUGGGAAUGCUUGCAAACGAUCACAUUUUCCUCGAGUGUUCCAAGAGGAAACAAACAGCUCAAAGCUGGUAUUGAUCUUGCUGCUGGUUACAUCUUACUGUCCGACAUGUUUUCAAGGCUAUUGUACAUUAUGGAACUUCAGAAGAAAACCAAUGAAACCCAACCCUUUGUGCAAACAAUUACAGAGUUCAAAUUACCAUGUGCCAUACUUAGUUUUGGAAUUGUGGAUGCUGGGCCUAAAGUAUUCAAAGCCAACACGUCAUUCAGCCUCGAAGAUCUCUGCAAUGGUGAAGGUGAUGAAGAAAGUCAAAUGGCUGUUUUGGUGCGGAUGUUUGUAGUGCAACCUAAAUCUCUCCAGGAGUGCCAUAUAGUUUUUCAAACAUCGAAUGCGAUUUUAGUCCCUCCACAAAUGAAUAAAUUUGUAUCCCGUAAAAUACCAAGCUUGCCUGAACUGACAGAGAAUACCAAUUCAGGAAAUAGCACAUCCUCGCAACAGCCAGUUCAGCUUAAUUUGAUGAAACCGGAAGCAUUUCACUCUCCAGCCAGAGAAUCACCAACGACAAUAAGGGAAAGUGGAAAUUCUAGUGAUAGAGAAUCCCAAAAUCUGAAAACAUACGCAGCAAACACUGUUUUAAUCAGCUCAAAUGAGGUUACAACUGCUGGGGGCUUUGUUAGUGCUGGUAGUUCUCCGAGCAGGGAGGUACAAGAAAUUCUGUCAUCUCCACGCUUUUUCAAUCAGUCAACGCAACAGCCAUCUGAGCAUACUCCAAACAAUCUAUCUUGUCCAGUCAGCUUGCCCAAUGAUAAGCUGCGAGGGCUUGAAUCAGCGAUUCAUACGCUUUCAAGUGACAUUUCUUCAUUAACACAUUUGAUAUCCAAACAAAAUAGUGAAAUUGAGGCAUUGAAAGAAAAUAUAAGAAGAAAAGAUAUGGACAAUUCUUCAGAUUUAGAAGAAACUAUGGUACGAGCUCUUUUAAAUAGCAAGGUCAAGUGUGCCAUGUCAAACAAGGUUCUCGCCGAAGAGAUUUCGAGCAACCUGCAACCUUCUGUAUUAAGUUUAAUCAGUAAAGAAAUGCAACAACAAAUUAGACCAGUUGUAAAAAAAACACUGGAAGAAUUGAAGGUAAUUAUUCAAAAUGAAAUAUCUACAAAACUGACUGCCUCUGAUCAAAUCCUUAAGGAUAAUCUUGGUAAACUAAUUCGUAGUAAGCCAUUCAUGGAGACUUUAAACAGCCAGUUGAGUAUAUCUGCCGGGAACGCAAUGGAACACAUUUAUAAAGAUACUUUUACAAAGCUCGCCGUUCCAGUUUUUGAAAAGGCCUGUGCCAAUCUUUUUAAACAAAUCAACGAUACUUUUUCAAAAGGCCUAACAGAAUAUAUUAAAGAAAUAGAGGCUCACGCUUGUAAGUCAAACGAAAGGAUGAAUAUGGAAAUCAUAGCGAUGCAGUCUGCAACUGAACACAUGACUGUAGCAACGCAAAAAUUUUCAACACUUGUUGAAAAGGAAACAAAAAGAUUGGAAGAUGCAAUAUUAGAAGUAGGUAGAAACAUUAAAGGUAGUACAUUGAAUAAUGGCAACAUGAGGUCAGGCACAGCAACUCCUGCCCAACAUUUUUUAGACUCACAGCAACUAAUAACACAACUGUCCCAAUUGAUAAAACAGGGCGAUUAUAACACUGCAUUCCAACAGGCAUUGUCGGCUUCUGACUUAAGCCUCGUUAUGUAUGUUUGUGAAAAAGUUGGACCCCACCAGGUUUUCACACAAAACGGCUGCCUUCUACAGCAACACAUACUAUUAUCACUUAUUCAACAACUGUCCGCUGAUAUGUCGCACCAUUCCGAAACAAAAUAUAAGUACCUUGAAGAGGCAAUUAUGAAUUUGGACAAUUGCAAUGCUAAUACUCGUGAACACAUGCCAAAUGUUUUAGGAGUGUUGCUUAAACAACUUCAAGUUUAUAUUGCUACGAACCCCAAAGGAAAAUUCAACAGGAGGGCGAAAAUGUUGACAAUGGCGACCCAGUCGCUACUUUAAUUCCAAUAUCAUUAUUAAUAGUUAAAAAAAAAUAUUUUGUGUAUAGAUGUUUAUCCUUCCUUAGUCUAUUUAAUAACUAUUUCUAAUUGGAUAAGUGCUUAUUCAAAAUUUGUAUUGAGAU